AUGUCUCAUGAGGAAACAAACGGAUUGGGGAAGCAUAAAGAUGCGGGACCCACGAUCCAAGUUGACAGGUCAUCAGAUGAUGGAUACAAUUGGAGAAAAUACGGGCAGAAAGUUGUGAAAGGAAGUGAACAUCCAAGAAGCUAUUACAAAUGUACACAUCCAAAUUGUGAAGUGAAAAAGAUAUUUGAAAGAUCUUAUACUGGACAAAUAACUGAGAUUGUAGAAAAUCUUGAUAAACUUCAAUAUGCAAAUUAUCAACCAGGCAUGUCUGCAAAUAAUGUCCAGAAUCCCAACUUAGAUGACAGUGGAACCCCUGUGCAAUCUCCUAAAUAUGCAAAUCAAGAAAACACAGAUGGGAUUGAUGAUGAGGAUGAUCCAUAUUCCAAAAAAAGGCGAACGGAUUUUGGUGCACUUGAUGUGACCCCAGUGGUGAAGCCUAUCCGUGAGCCACGUGUGGUGGUUCAAACCACCAGUGAGGUUGAUAUAUUGGAUGAUGGAUACCGUUGGAGGAAAUAUGGUCAAAAAGUUGUGAGAGGCAAUCCUAACCCUAGGAGUUAUUACAAAUGCACAAGUGCUGGAUGCAAUGUAAGAAAACAUGUAGAACGCGCAUCACACGAUCCUAAAGCAGUUAUAACCGCAUACGAAGGAAAACACAAUCACGAUGUUCCCGUAGUUAAAAACAGCAAUCAUGAUGUUGUGGGUCCCGGGAAUCCAAGGGCUAGAUUAGAUGACAACAACAAUGCCAUCUGUCUUGAUCUUGUGGUUGGAAACGGGUUCCCGGACCACCCACAGCCGCCACUUGCCGCCACCCUCCACAGCCAAGUACACGUUCAAAAUUCAAAUUUCAGAAAAGUUGUUCUGUGGAACGAUGUUUACACAAAUAGAGAGAAUGAUUUGUGUAGAAUGUAGGAUUUGGGGAUGAAAAAAAAGAGAAAUGUUGUAACUUGUAACUUGUGAGUUAGUUUGUGAUGGGGGUAUAGUACUUGUUUGGAUUGGGUAACAAUGGGAAGAAGAGAAGGGAAGAUUGUGUAUUGAAUAAAAUAUGUCUGCAUAUAUUUGAUGUAUGGGAAUGUAGGUGUUUUUUUAAUCUUUUUAAUUUUUUAAUCAUGGUGUUUGGGA